UCCUUUUUGACUUGCAUUCAAGUUCUCCCUUUUGUUUCUCUGGUGAUGGAUUUAGGAGUGAAUUAUAUUCAGCAUAGUUCUGCAGAUGUAUUUCUCACCAUGUCAAAAAAUUCCUAUUUACAGAUAGUGAAGAACAAGCAGUAUGACAUGCAUGUUGAAGUCACAACAUUAAACCAAGGAAAUGACAAGACUUUUGGUAAUGAAGAGAGAAUGUUUGAGGGAUACAAAACAUCCGAAAGGUUUAGGAAAGAAGACUUUGCAAAGAUGAGCUCUUUCUUAGGGGAAGAGAUUUUGAAAACUGUUGAUGAUGCUACUGAGUUGGAAUAUUUUACAGAGGAAGACGAUUAUAUUAAAUUUCAAGGUCUCCGACAUGAUGUAACUGCCAGACAGUUGACUGAAGUUAAACUUUUAGACAGACUCACGGUUGAGCAGCUUCGUUCAGGGCAGAAGACUAUUGAUGAGGUUCAGAAAAGUCUUGAAAAAUUUUUAACUAAACCUACAGCUAUUGCUGGGCUGUACCUUGAAUCCAGCAAAGAGAUACUCUCUUUUGCUUUAGCAGCAAAGAGAAGAAUCAUAGGAAAAGCAUUGGCAUUAGCAUUUUUAGAGGCCCAAGCAGCUACUGGUUUCAUCAUUGAUCCCACAACAGGUCAGAAAUUCUCUGUUGAUGAUUCAGUUGUUAGAGGGCUUGCAGAUAAUGAAUUCAAGAGUAGACUGCUUGAGGCAGAGAAAGCUGUUUUGGGCUAUUGCUCUUCUGGGAAAGUGAUCUCUGUCUAUCAGGCUAUGGAGGCUCGGCUCUUAGAAAGACAAAAAGGUAAAAAUAUCCUUGAGACUCAAAUUGCAAGUGGAGGGGUCAUUGAUCCUGUAAGAAGUGUUCGUGUACCUCCAGAAACUGCCGUGCAGCUUGGCUUGAUCAAUAACACAAUUUUAAAAUUUUUGCAUGAACCUUCUAGUAAUGCAAAAUGUUUUCACAAUCCAAAUAACAGGAAAGCUAUGUACUACUGUGAUUUGCUGAAAAUGUGUGUGUUCAGUGUAAGCAGUAAAUGCUUUCUGCUUCCAGUUGGUGAAAGGAAAAUAAGCAGCCCAUCAGCAGAGAAAAGUCAUAAAAUUUCUGUAGUAGAUGUCAAAACAGGAGCUGAAAUGACUUCGUAUGAGGCUUAUAAAAAAAAUUGUGUUGAUAAAGCUACAUAUCUUGAGCUUUCAAAACAGGAAUUUGAUUGGAAAGAGUCUACAUGUUUUGAAUCUGAUGGGAAUUCUUUUCUUUUACUCACAGAUCUUAAAACUGGUGUACAGUUUAAUAUCGAGGAGGCCUUAAAUCAGGGUAGAAUUGGCAGAGAAUUGGUCAAUAAAUAUAAGGAGGGUUUAAUCACAGCUAAUGAGUUUGGUGAUAUUUUAGUCACCAUUUCACAGCCAAAUAAAGAUUUAAAGAGUCCUGUUGCAGGGUUCUGGCUUUCUGAAACCAAUGAAAGAAUUCCAGUCUUAAAAGCCUCACGCAAAAACUUGGUAGAUAGAGUUACUGCCCUCCGAUGUCUUGAAGCUCAGGUUAGUACAGGAGGCAUAAUUGAUCCAUUUACUGGGAAAAGGUACAGUGUUUCAGAAGCUUUGCAGAGGGAAUUAAUUGAUGAUGGUUGUGCCAAACAAAUCCAGCAGUGUGAACUGAUCUUUACUGGGAUCAUUCACCCUGUAAGGAACACAGUUAUGUCAGCAGUUGAAGCUAUGCAUUUAAAUGCUGUAGACAAAGAAAUGGGCAUGCGCUGCCUGGAGUAUCAGUACUUGACUGGUGGGUUGAUAGAUCCAAAGUCUCAUUCCAGAUUAACAAUGGAAGAUGCAAUUAAGAAUGGUAUUAUUGAUGCUGCCACAGCUACAAAGAUGAAAGAUGAAAAAUUGUAUGUUAAAUUUUUAACAUGCCCCAAAACAAAGAAAAAGUUAACCUACAAAGAAGCUUUAGAGAGAGCUGUUUUUGACUGCCACACUGGGCUACGAUUGUUAGAAGCAGCUCAGCCCAUGAAAACAGGCAUUUCCAGUCUUUACUAUACUUCAUAAUGGAACAAAUAUGUUACUAAUCAUGUUGGGGCCUGCUUUAAAACUCAUUAAAAUCAAGGAAAAGAUCUGUGAUGACCUUUAUGGAAAAUCAUAUAUCGUGUUUUCCAAUAUAAUCAUGAAUUGCUGUAAAACUAAUUAGUACAAACCACUAAUUAGUAUAAACCACUAAAAUUGGAAUUAUAUAUUGCUUGUUAUAAAGUUGAAAUUCAUAGAUAAAUUUAGGCAGAUUCAUAAUUUCAAAAUGCAGGCUAUGUGUUCAGUCUUCACCUGAAGGCCUUGUCUGGUGUUAUCUACAUGUAGGUAGUGUAAAUCAGAAGUUAUACUGAGGUUGGUGGAGUUAACAUUACUGCCAAAUGGAUCAGUUUAGGUGAGACAAGAAUCAGAUUCUUAUAUUAAAAAUGGAAAGGGAUGGCUCAUUUUGCUAAUGAGGACAGUGCAGUGUUUCAUGUGACCUGAUACUUAAUUUAAUAUUACAAAUCAGUUUGCAGAUACAAUUUAUUUUACUAAAGUGGCAAUAAAGUACACAAGGGUAAAAUCUGCAGUCCAGUAAAUGCUUAUGCAUAAGUAAUUUCUCUCACACUGGUAUUUCAUUAAUUUUAAUGGGCUACAUCAUAAAGUUACACAUUCUAAUUUUUCUCUGGGUAACAUUUUUUUUUAGAAUUGUUUUCAUGCUGCAAUAGGCAAAAAAAUUACAAUUACAUAUCCAAUUUUUAAAAAUUCCAUUGAAAUAACAUUACUUCAUUUUUACUUGUGAUACAUGGGAGGGCUUAAGCGUGUUUUCUAAGUAUUGAUAAAUUUGAAACUACUAACAGGUUGUGCUACUACAGAAAGAAGUAUAUUUCCCUGUGUAGAAAAAGAUGAAAUGUCUCAAUAUUUUACUUCUAUUGUUCUUGUUUCUGUAGACAUAAAAGCAAUGUAUUCUUCCUAAUUGUAAUUUAGUAGUCCAUGUGCAUAGAUUGCAAAAUGCUGAUUUCCUAUGCUGGCUGUACAUAUCCACACCUGAGGGUAAUGCAAAGGCAGCAAUUCAAAGAUACUUUAUAUGCAAAUGUUGUUUAGAUUUUUUCUGCUGAGUAAUGGCUGGGAAGCUAUGCUUUUUCUUAAUAUCAGUCAUUUUAUAAUGAGUGUAUAUGUGUAUGAAUAAGCACCAUAAUCAUAAUUAAAAAUCAUUUGAGGAAAUGUUAAUGUCUAUAUUUAUGUGCCAUAUUUGUUCCUACAUCAAAGUGUCAUAGUAAUGCAUGUGGUGAUAAAUAAAAAGAAAUCACUUUAUGUUUAUGUGCUAA